AUAAUAGGGGAGAGAGGAGAGUAAGGUAGGAAGGUAAGAAGGAAGGAAGGAAAAUAAGGUGAGAGGAAAACAGUGUGGCAGGAGGUCUCUUUUUUUUCUUUUUUGUUUGGGUUUCUUCAUUUUUUUGCCAGCAAUCAAAACCGACCACAAAGAAAAGUAUGUGGCAGGAAAUCUGGCUACUGUCCUUGUUGGGCUCUGCCACAGCGCUACUGCCCAAUGAAUUACCAGGUAACUAUUUGCCCACUGAGCAAGGGGCAAAUAACUUUGUCAGCGACUACAACAUGACAGCAGAGAAUGUCUUCUACGAAAGCGUUUUGGCUAGUUGGGAAUAUAAUACGAACCUGACGAUCCCUAAUCAGGAGAAACAGAUUGCAGCUUCACUAAAGGAGCAGGCUUUCAACGAGGCCUGGGGAAACAAGGCCAAGCAGCUCUUUGACAGCAUCCUGCCAUCAUUCAAAGACGAACAGCUGAAGAAGCUGAUUAGUAAAAUCCGAAUCCUUGGGGUCGCCAACCUGCCUGUGGACGAGCGAGAGAGAUACAAUACCAUUUUGAGCCAGAUGGACAACAUUUACUCAACCGCCAAAGUGUGUCCCCCUGGCGUCUCAGACAAAUGCUGGUCCCUUGAUCCAGACCUCACAAACCUGCUGGCAACCUCCCGGAACUACAAAAAGCUGCUGUAUGCCUGGGAAGGCUGGCACAACCAAUCAGGCGUUCCGCUGAGGGAGAAAUAUCCAGAGUUCGUGAAGCUCAGCAACAAAGCCUCCACAAUGGACAAUUACACGGACACAGGGGACUACUGGCGAUCCUGGUAUGAAUCCCCCACUUUUGAAGAGGACCUGGAGAAGAUUUAUAAGCAGCUGGAGCCGCUGUACUUGAAUCUGCAUGCGUUCGUCCGCCGUAAACUGUAUGAGCACUAUGGGUCCAAGUACAUCAAUCUCAAAGGGCCCAUUCCUGCUCACUUAUUAGGUAACAUGUGGGCCCAGCAGUGGAACAAUAUAUAUGAUAUGAUGAUUCCAUUCCCUAACAAACCCAACCUGGAUGUGACACAAACCAUGAUCAAUCAGAACUGGAAUGCAACACACAUGUUCAGAGUUUCGGAGGAAUUCUUUACAUCCCUAGGACUAAUUGGUAUGCCACAGGAGUUCUGGGACAAAUCUAUGUUGGAGAAGCCUGACGGUCGGGAGGUGGUGUGUCAUGCUUCUGCCUGGGACUUCUACAACCGCAAAGACUUUAGGAUUAAGCAAUGCACUACAGUGACAAUGGAGCAGCUGUUUACAGUACACCACGAAAUGGGCCAUAUAGAGUACUACUUGCAGUAUAAGGACCAGCCUGUGACUUUCCGUGGUGGAGCUAACCCUGGGUUCCACGAGGCCGUUGGCGACGUCUUGUCCCUCUCUGUCUCUACACCCAAGCAUCUAAAGGAAAUUGGCCUGCUCGACCAGGUCACUGAUGAUGCAGAAAGUGACAUUAACUACCUUUUGAAGAUGGCUCUGGAGAAAAUCGCCUUUCUUCCAUUUGGAUAUCUAAUUGACCAAUGGCGUUGGGGCGUGUUCAGCGGACGCACUCCCCCUGAGCGCUACAAUUAUGAGUGGUGGUACCUGCGAACAAAGUACCAGGGAAUCUGUCCUCCAGUUCCACGCACUGAGGAACACUUUGACCCUGGCUCAAAAUACCAUAUUCCCGGAAACACCCCUUACAUAAGAUAUUUUGUGAGUUUCAUCCUGCAGUUCCAGUUCCAUCAGAAACUGUGCCAGCUUUCAAACCAAACAGGACCACUGCACAAGUGUGACAUCUACCGAAACAAAGAAGCUGGGGCUAUGCUAGAAAAGAUUCUCAGUGCUGGAUCUUCCAGACCAUGGCAGGAAAUCCUAAAGAAUGCUAUCGGAGUUGACCAUAUGGACGCGUCUUCCCUACUCAAAUACUUCGAACCGCUCACUCAGUGGCUUGCGAAGCAAAAUGAAAACGAAAUACUUGGCUGGCCCGAUUUUGAAUGGCGCCCCCCAGUGCCAGAGGGAUACCCUGAAGGAAUUGAUAAAAUUGCAGAUGAAACAGCUGCCAAGGAAUUCCUCCGUCGGUUCAACGACACGGCCGAGGACGUCUGGAACGCGUACACUGAGGCGUCCUGGUCAUACAACACCAACAUCACAGAGCACAACAAGCAGAUCAUGUUGCAAAAGAACCUUGACAUGUCGACCCACACCCUGCAGUACGGACUGGAGGCGCGAAAUUUCGACUACACGGAUUUCCAGGACGAAAGCACCAAGCGCAUCCUCAAGAAACUGAGCGACAUUGAGCGGGCUGGACUUCCUGAGAACGAACUGAAGGAGUACAAUAAUAUCCUCUCCAGUAUGGAAACCAAAUACAGUGUAGCUGAAGUUUGUCGUGACAACGGAAAGUGCCACCCUCUAGAUCCAGAUCUAACAGAGAUCCUCGCCAAAUCCAGGGACUACAGUGAUCUUCUUUUUGCCUGGAAGGGGUGGCGCGAUGCCUCAGGGAAACAAAUCCGUCAGGAAUACAAGAGAUAUGUAGAGCUCAGCAACAAGGCGGCCAGGCUGAACGGUCACUCAGAUAAUGGGGCAUUCUGGCGGUCUCUGUAUGAGACGCCAACCUUUGAGCAGGAUCUAGAGACACUCUACACCGAGAUGCAGCCUCUCUACCUUAACCUGCAUGCCUACGUCCGCAGAGCCCUGUACAAGAAGUAUGGAGCGGAGAAUAUUAACCUGAAGGGUCCUAUUCCUGCUCAUGUGCUGGGUAACAUGUGGGCCCAGUCUUGGGCUAACAUUUAUGAUCUUGUGGUUCCUUUUCCUGAUGCCACCCAAGUGGAUGCUACACCAGCCAUGGUUGCCAAGGGCUGGAAUGCUAAGAAAAUGUUUGAGCAGUCAGACCAUUUCUUCACUUCCCUGGGUCUCCUCCCCAUGCCCCAGGAGUUCUGGGACAAAUCCAUGCUGGAGAAGCCUACUGAUGGACGGCAGGUGGUUUGCCACGCUUCUGCCUGGGACUUUUACAACCGCAAGGACUUCAGAAUCAAGCAGUGCACUGUGGUGACGAUGGAUGAUCUCAUCACCGUCCAUCAUGAGAUGGGACACGUGCAGUACUUCCUACAGUAUAAGGAUCAGCCCAUCUCCUUCCGGGAUGGAGCCAACCCUGGCUUCCAUGAGGCCAUUGGAGAUGUCCUGGCCCUGUCUGUUUCUACGCCAGCGCACCUGAACAAAAUCGGACUGCUGGACAAAGUGGGAAAUAACCAUGAGAGCGACAUUAACUACCUGAUGAGCAUCGCUCUGGACAAGAUCGCUUUCCUUCCCUUUGGGUAUCUUAUGGACCAGUGGCGCUGGAAGGUGUUUGACGGGCGCAUCUCUGAGAAAGAAUAUAACAAGGAGUGGUGGAACCUCAGGUUAAAAUAUCAAGGUCUGUGCCCUCCUGUGCCACGCUCCGAGGAAGACUUUGACCCAGGUGCCAAAUUUCACAUUCCUGCCAAUGUCCCAUAUGUCAGGUACUUUGUCAGCUUUGUGAUCCAAUUCCAGUUCCACGAGGCUCUGUGCAAAGCAGCCAAACAGACCGGGCCCCUACACCAGUGUGAUAUCUAUCAGUCCAAGGAAGCUGGCACACUACUUGGAGAUGUGAUGAAGCUGGGAUUCAGCAAGCCUUGGCCUGAAGCCAUGAAAAUGAUCACUGGGCAGCCUAAAAUGACAGCCUUGCCCCUACUUAAGUACUUUGAACCUCUGAUUAAAUGGCUGGAAGAGGAGAACAAGAAAAAUGGGGAUAUCCUGGGAUGGCCUGAAUACGACUGGGUUCCAGGAAGUAAAAAAGCAGAAGAAACAGGCAAGGUCAGUUUUCUGGGGAUGGACCUGAGCAGCGGUCAGGCUGCAGCAGGACAGUGGAUUCUACUGGUCCUUGGACUGGUGCUGGUGGUAGCUACCAGCUACCUGGCGUACAGCGUGCUCUCCUCCAAAAGGAAACGAUCAGUGUCUGAACUGGAACUCCACUAAACCUCCUGCUGCUCUAUUCAAGUCAAAACUGUUUGAUUAUGCAACACGAGCCAACACGAUUUUCUAAUUUAUUUGUAAAUUUGAAACUUAACAAAACUGUCAAAUGUAAAAAAAAAAAAAAAAAA